GCGCGCGCGAGUGUGCGUUUGACGCGAAGAGAAUUCGGAUAUUUCAGUAUGUGUUCUCGUGUUGUGUACUGUUUUUGUUUUCUCUUUUCAUCUCCGACACACAAUCCGUGCGUGGGCGCGAGCAGGUGCGUGCAUGUUGAUCAUCAUCGUCGCCUCGCCUUCUCGUUUUCAUCCAUCGACGUCUCGAAACGCUCACACUCGAACGACUAGAUACUUUUCCACUCGCCCGAAAUGCGCGCACGCACGUCAGACGAUGAGACUCGCCGUCAGGAAGUGAAGCGGAUUACGCAGUAACUGCGGUCAAGUGGGUGAUCUAUUUAUAGCUGCUUAACAAUCAAUUUAAUUCUGGCACACAAACCCAUCACGAUCUGUUUCUCAUAUCGCUUAUUUGACGGCUCGAAUAGUCGAGUACGAGCCGUGUAAAGACCGUGGACGUAAAACUAAAGGUCGCAAAACCGUUAGGUGAGGAUCUAAUGCGUACGGGUGGAGCGUCUCAAUUCGGAUUGACACAGCAAACGUUGCCGACACUCCGUGCUAUGGAUGAGGACGAGAUGGACGCGGGGAUUGACGUUAGUGAAGCAGGAAGCAACCAGCCGUCUCCACCCCUUGUCAUUGCGCCGACGCGUCCGCACAAACAACUCGCUCGCUCUCACGCCGUAUUGACGCGAACGGCAUCGAAACCUGAACACGGGAGUAAACAAGGGGUCGUUCGCAAUGACGCGAAGAAGCAGCUGCGCGCGUUCCUACAGAAGAGGAAUUCUGAUAUGGACAUGUCGGUUCACGCCAACUUCGUUCAUCAUGUAAAAGUCGAGGCUUCGAGGCAGGAUGAAUUGCAGAAGCGUCAUUGGGGUCAAAGUCCAAUGGAUUUGAUUACCCAGCAUCCACCUGACAGUCUUGCAAUUUUAAAUACACCUUAUCAACAAAGUGAAGGUCAUUUUCCUUUGAGAAAAAUUGAAUCGGAUCCGAAUAUUGCCAAGGUGAAGACGAAACUUAGAGGGAAAAUGUUGAAGGAUAGAAAUAGUCCAAUACACAGAGGAUCUUUGAAACGAAAGUCGUCGUCAAAUGUUGAAGGAAAUGCAGCGCAUGGCAAUGGCCCUAGUUCUGGUGAAGGAUCACCUUGUGCCUCGCCCAAGGCAUCCAACGUCUUGAAUUCAGAGUCUUCACUCUCAGAGGAGAUGGAAACAGUUGAAUCUGCUGGUGACUCUGCUGUCUCUUCUUUCUCCCAGCUUAGUGGUCUUGCGGAGACUGCCAGUGCUACGUCAUCAUUACAAAGUCUCCCACCUGGUUCUCACACUUUUGGUCCGCAUCCACCUGUUAUUCAUGCAGUAUCAUGGCCAAGACAGUCUGGAGGAGAAGAAGAGAAUCAACAGGAUGCAUUCACCUCCAGAUUAGCUCAGCAGGUGGCAACAAUGAACCAGUCGACACACAGAGCAUUACAUAGGACGAUAGCCCAGCCUGUUCCAGUUGUUGGAAUACCACCACAACACGUGAAACCGUUGACGAUUGUGUCGCCUCCCAAACAAGAGUCUCAUACUCCUACGUUUGUUCCGCCUGAUCCAGGACAGUUAUUUCAUCGAAAGCUCGGACAAACACGCUCUGCUCCUCUUCCUGGGCAGCUACCUGUAAGUGACAUAAACUCGCACGAACUCCAGUUUAAUAUGCAGUCACUGAGAGCGCAAUAUGAGCUGGAACAACGUGAGUUGCUCAGACAGUAUCAGAUGAAACAGAGGCAGUUGGCAGCGAUACAGAUGGAAGGGGAGGAACAGUUACGGAUGCACUUGAUGCAACUGCAGACUGCUUUUAGACAAAGGGAGCUGAUGUUGGCGCAGGAACAUGAGCUGAAGCAAAGUCAGAUGCAGAUGCGACAAGCGGCUAUAGGAAAGGAUGCAUCCUACACUGCCUCAGAACAAGGAGUUCGUGGAGAGUCUUCGUUGCCAUCAGGAACGGGAUUGGCAUACGAUGGUGCAAUGCUGAAACACGACUGCACAUGUAAUGGAGUUGGAACUCAUCACGAACAUCCGGGUAGACUUCAAAGUAUUUAUGCUCGAUUACAAGAAACUGGAGUAUUGGACAGAUGUAUUAAACUAAAGUCUCGCAAGGCAAGCAUUGAAGAACUCCAACUAGUACACAGUGAAGACCACGUGACAUUGUACAGCUCACCAAUGAUGCAAAAACCACCACUAGAGCAGAAGUUAUCAGGCGGCUCUCGAAUGACACCGAAUCCAGUGAAGAGUUUGAGACUGUUGCCAUGUGGUGGCUAUGGUGUGGAUGAUGACACUGUGUGGAACGAUGCAUUUACGUCUCCGGCGGCAAGAAUUGCUGCAGGUUGUACAAUCGAUCUAACGCUGAAGGUAGCAAGCGGAGAACUAAGGAAUGGUUUUGCUGUUGUCAGACCGCCUGGUCAUCAUGCUGAGCCACAACAAGCAAUGGGAUUUUGCUAUUUUAACAAUGUUGCUAUUGCUGCUAAAACAACUCUGACUAGUACGAAUGUCAGCAAAAUUGCAAUUGUUGAUUGGGACGUACAUCACGGAAACGGCACACAGAGGGCAUUUCUUGAUAAUCCUGACAUUCUUUAUAUUUCAAUACAUCGUCACGAUAACGGAACGUUCUUUCCAGGGACUGGAGCAAUUGAUGAGUGUGGUGUGGGCAGAGGUGUGGGUAUGACUGUAAACAUACCUUUCACUGGUGGCAUCAACCAUCCAUGUGGUGAUCCUGAGUAUUUGGCUGCAUUCCGAGUGAUUGUGAUGCCGAUAUUGAGGGAAUUCAAGCCCGAAAUUGUCAUCGUAUCAGCUGGUUUUGAUGCAUGUAUGGGACAUACGCCAAACUUGGGUGGAUACAUGGUGACACCGGAAUGUUUUGGCUACAUGACUGCACAACUGAUGGAGGUCUGCAACGGGAGAGUAGUGAUGGCACUCGAAGGAGGAUAUGAAUUACGAGCUAUUUGUUGUUGUUCGGAGGCGUGUGUGAAGACUUUACUAGGAGAAGAGAUUCCGCCGAUUCCUCUUGAUCAUCAGAGAGCCAAGCCACAUGAGAAAGCAGUUGAAGUGUUGAAUCAAUGCAGAAUUAUUCAAUCUAAUUUCUGGGAGAGUCUUUGUCAACCCUGUAAUGUCGAUUUGUCUGCAUUGGAGGUCGACCAACGAGAAAAGGAAGCCGAUACAGUGCAGGCACUUCAAGCUUUAUCAAUGGGCAACUCGCAUCGGGGAGACUCACAACCAGUCCAGUCAAGACACUAAUACGCAACGUUUAGCUUUGAAUUUCUUCUUAUGACUCAUUCGUAAUGAGAUUCAUCAAGCAGUUGCCUCAUAUUAUAUACUGCAGUUUUAGCCGUCACCAAGAGAACUAGCAAUACAACAAAUAGUUAGUUUGUUUAGAAUGGCAUUAAGGUAGAACGCCAUGGUAAUCAUUGUUGCUGCAACUGUAGUAUUUUCAGUGAUUUUCUGGUAUAUUAAAUAAGAGUCUUACGAUAACUAAAUGAU